AUGGAUGCCAAAGAACAUCUGUACAAGGUGCUUGUCAUUGGAGAAUACGGCGUUGGUGAGUCUUAUGCCGUUUCUUCUCCUUUAUCUCUUAAACAUGAUCAGCCCUCAUUAAUUGCUGCUUCCUUUUUUUUUAGGAAAGGUAAGCAAUGUGAUUGAUUUUGAGGUGAAGCAUACUUCCGCCUUCUUUUCCAAGAGCUUCUUUAAUAUCUGCAAUAUUAAAGGUUAAGUCUUACCUUUGCUAUUUUUCAUGAUUUUAUAUGUUGAUAUCUUGAGUGCUAAAGUGUGAUUGUUUUGUUUGUUCUUUGGUCCAAGACAUCAAUUAUCCGGAGGUAUACUGAAGGUAAGUUGGUUCUAAGAAGGAAAGUGAAACAAGCUGAGACAACGGCACGUCCACCCCAUAUCCUCUUAUAUUUAUGCUUACUUAUACCCGCCAUGGCACAAAGGGUGUUUAUUAAAUACUUUUUCCCUAGUCUGUUAAAUAAAGCUCUGUCAACGACAACAAAUUUAAAAUUGUGUCAAAAUAUGGGCUUCCUUAUGUACCCGUAAAUUCCAAAACUUCCCAAGCCCGCCCCCCCCCCCCCCCUAUCCCCGAGCAAACCCCCGGGCAUUUGACUUUUCUGAUGUUGGCAGUUUAGAUGGUCAAUGCCCCCCAGCUAGCGCUUCAAAAAGCAUCAAAUCCCCCACCCACCCGUGGCUAUUCAAAAUUUUCCUGUGCAUCAAACUGAAUAUUCAAAUGUAAAUAUCCCACUAAACACAACCAAAAUCUCCUAAGUCUUCAUCUGGUGGUUUUGUCAUAAUGAUCAUUUGAGCCCCAUGUCCUCCACAGCUGUCUUGACCAUCUUCUAGUUGUUUUUAGAUGCUUUUUGUGCCACAACCUUUUGCUUUAAGGGCGCUGCAUUUUCGUUCCUUUGCAUAGAAGAAAAGCUGUGGCAAAAAAGUACAUGUAAUUUGCAAUCCAGAGGUAACUGGCUUGUCCAUAGGGAAAGCAUUGUGCUGAUUCUUUAGCUCAGUUCAUGCUUGAUUAAUGUGUUCAAGAUCAUGCUUUGCACAUGCUACAAGUCAGUCCCUUGCAGUGGGGCUUGUAAUUGCUUCCUCUUCCAUAUGCAAAUCCUAGUCAUCUUGUAAGACUUAUGUGUUAUCAUUUCAUUUCCUGAUGAAUUAUAUUUUUCUCUGGCUCAUCCAAAACUGUUCUUCUGUACUUCUCCCAGGGGCUACCAUAGAUUUCAAGUGAUGGGGAUGAUUGAAGGAAUUUUGGGUCUGAAAUUUUCGAUUCCAGGAUAUUUUUGGGUAGGAAAAUUUGGCAAGUAUAUUUUUUGGGGGUGGCUUGACUUAGUAGGUUUUUUGGGGGGUAUUCAAAACAAUCCAAAGAUUCGUGGUAGUGCCUGCGUAUCCUGACCGCGUAGUUAUGUGUCUGAAUAAAGUACAACCAAACUUGUUUUGAGGCUGUUUAAAAAAUUAACACAUUACAUUGCAUCUGAAAAUUUUAAUAAGGCUUAGAAAAUUUGGCAUGGGAUUUUUGGUCGGUAUAGCUAGCCUGCAUAGCCUGCAGCAUUUUGCACUAAGUGCGAAACAUGCACAAAACGAGGUGAGAGGAGAACAAAAAAUAAAGCCUCUGUAACCAGUCAAUAAGAGCCAGAAGAGCCAGAACAAUUAUUGUUCUGGCUCUUCUGCCCACCUACUCCCACAAGUACUGACUGACGACGGUGAUGUCAAAAGGACCAUGCAGUCAAAACACGAGCUAUUACUCGAGAAUUGUCACCUUUCUGGCUACCAGAAACACCAACAGCAGCAUAGACCACAGGAAAUAACAACUACGAAAACACAAACAUCAUCACGAGCUUAUGAAUCGUGUUAUCAACACUUAAAUAUUCAAAAAGUUAGUAAGUCAGCCUUUUUCGAAACCCAGCUGGAGGCAAUCCAAGAACUUCUUUCCUCUUAAGCAAUAAAUUUAAACCUUUUUUUUUGUUUUUCCUUUAUUUCCGGCACAUUUCAAAGUAAAUGAAGAGCAUCUAGAGCGUCAUCGUGACAGCCAUUUUGUUCCAGACAAACAUGCCAAAAUCUCGCCAGAACGUUACAAUGCAUCAUCAGUUAACCAAUUGGAAGGGGAUGUUCAUGUAGUGAUCGUGGAAAGAGCCAGAACAAUGGACUGGUAACAGACGCUCUAUUUUUAUCCUCCCCUUGUCUCGCGCUUCACGCAAAAUGUCACGUUCACAUUGCUUGGCUCAUAAAGCAUUUGUUAUGCAGGCUAGUAGGUAACAGAGUGGACCCCAAGAGUUUGGACCAGAAAACGGGGUAGUCCAAACACAAGAUGGAGAGAAAAUCUCACCAGACAGUCUGGACCUGUAUGGUUAAGAUUAGCCAAGCACAGACACCUCAGUGGAAUCAAUUCAGAGAGGGGUUCCUCUUUCAAGAGUGAAUACAAACCCUGAUGAUAAUGAAAUUUGUGGCCUAGGGAUUUUUGGGGGGUUGCAUAUUAGAAGGCCUUAAUGAGUUUUUUUGGAUUUUUGACUUUUGCCCGGACCAUUCAAUUAUUCCCGUCACUUGAAAUUCAGGGUACCCCCCACCCCCGCUUGUUUUCCUGUCUCUCUGUUGUCCUGUGUAGCCUGAGAAAACAGCCAGCAUUUUGCUACGUCACCACUGGUUUCCACUCAAAAUGACGUCUGAGGAACAACCGCAUAAAUUCAGUACUGAUGAUGUUUCACUACCCAGAUCUGGGUGGUACCUCUGAUUGGUCAUGCCACAAGGGAAAUUCAUGUUUUUCUUCUUAAGUUUGCCAAUUCUUUGCAGGGUCACUGCAACAGUGUGUGGCACCCAUAGCAUACUGCGGGCCCGUAACAGUCCCUCCCCAGCCCAUGCAAUGAGAGAGAUCACCACAGUCAUCAGGGAUCCCCUACUCUUUACCAACAAGACAUGGGUUCUUUAACAUCCCACAGAAGAUAUAUGUGCAAGAGUUGUAAGACGCGGCCUACGGUUUAUCGUAUCAUUUUUUAACCGUUUGUAGAUGUUUUUACAUAGGCAGCACUUUCUCCUUAGGCCCAGUUCAAGCGUCAAACUUUUCAUGUACCGAACCUAAACCUUUCAAUAAUAUUAUUAAAUACAUGAAGAGGGCUAGCUCAUCAUAAUAAUAUUUUGAAUCAAUAAAUUCCAACAUAUCUAAUUUGGGUCAACCCAUGAAUUAAGAUCGAGUAGCCACAAGAGAAUUUUGACUGACAGUGGAGCAACUUCAUUUCAAACGUCCAACUUCUCAUGCAUGAUGUGCCUUAAAUGCAUAAAAAUCUAUUUUCACUGGUAAGCAUUGAAGACCAAUGUACAUCAUGAAAAUGAAUCGAGUCCUUAAUUGAUACACUGGGUGGCAGUAAAUUUACUUCAGCCAAUCAGAAUCACUACAUACCCAGAUCUGGGUAGUGACGUGUCAUGAGUAUGAAAUUUCUGCACUACAGCUGGCGCCGCUUGAUCUGUUUGGUAAUUGUCAGUCAAAGGUAUUCUUGGUCGUUGUGUAGCUCUUUGAAAUAUAUAUUCUCUUGCACUUUUAACAUACAGUUCAUUUUAUUAGCUGGACAGUAUUAGCCUUUUUAGAAAUUAAAAGGUUUGAUCAAUCCACGCGCUCGCAUGUUCUAGACAUUUUAUUAAGACUAUUAUAGAAGGACAUCUGUUCACUGUCACUGAACACAUGUUAACACAAAAGAGUAUCAAAAGUAGGUUGAGUUUGAUCGUCCGGGUGAACGUAGUCCUGAAUAGGACUGUUGUUGUUGACAGUGACUGAUGUUUUGACAACCUGUGCGGUAGUCAUCUUCAGAGUCACUGACUCCUGGGUUCAAACCUUUUACACAAAAGAGUAUCGAAGUAUAUUGUGUAUGACUGUAUAACAAGUGUGACAAAAUCAACCUACUCAUAUACUAACCCAUUUCACCUUCUGCGCGAAAUCCCUGCACUCGAUCAGGGCUAUUAAUUUUGAUUGAUUUAUUGUCUUCCGAAUCUCAUAACUUUAUAUUAGGCUUGAUUCUGCAAUAAAAAGUUUUUGUUCUGGGAGUAAAACCGGACCACCAGAGCAGCCCCCCCCCUUCCACCUCCCCGGCUUAUUUAAAUUGUAUUUGAUAUAAACUUCAGUUAUGUGUUCUUUUUUGGUUUCAGGUUACUUUUCACCAAACUAUAAGCUUACCAUUGGAGUUGAUUUUGCUUUGAAAGUUAUUUACUGGGACGAAGAAACGAAAAUCAACUUGCAGCUUUGGUAAAUUGAAGUUGUCAGCCUUGCAUGUCAACAAUAAUAAUUAUUAUUACUGAGUGAAAUAGGUUUCACUUUUAACAUUUUUGUUAGUGUGAGUUAUUUCAGGCACACACCACACCAAUUUGAUUUCAGUCAGUCCCAUUCCUGUCCUGUCUAUUCUUCUUAGCACUGUAUAAAUAUUAAUGUUGAUUUAAGUCAUUUUUAAAAUUAGUUAUAGGUAUUAUACCGAUUUUAAUUUCUGGUGUAGGUGAUUAGCAUUUUAUUUUAUUCGUCUUUUUAUUUAUAAUUGUUAAUUUGUAGGGCCCCACUGAAAACCACUUAGGCAAGUGGGCCCCCUGGAUAAAUAAUAAUAAUAAUGAUGAUGAUGAUGUUCGCAAUGGCUAACAUCCUAAGAAGGACCUAAGAAACCUAGGCUACUGGGAAUAGCUUGAUGCUUUGAGAAAACAUGGCCACCUUCAGGUGUGAGACAAGAACAUACUACUACUUCCAAUAAUAAUAAUUAUUAUUAUUAUUGUUAUUAUUAUUAUUAUUACUAUUGUUAUUGGUUAUUUUCUUUUUUAGGGAUGUUGCUGGUCAUGAAAGAUUUGGUCACAUGACCAGAGUAUACUACAAAUAUGCGUAGGUGUUGUGAUUCAUAUUUGUUGCAGUUUUAUUUUUUAACUUGUUUAAAUAUAUACUUAAAAAAUACCAUCACACGUGGUGAUGGAAGUUGUUUAAUUAGAAUCAAAAGUGCAAUAAAAUUAUGAAAGUUUUAUUUAUAAGUAAAACAAGGUUACAUGUAUAAUAAUUGAAUGUAACGCAAUUGGCCCCAUGAAACAAAAUGCAGCAAGUGUGGUACUUCUGAUUGGUUGUGCCACAUGGAAAAUUUGCUUCCCAACUGAUAAGAAACAUUAAAUUCCCCAGAUCUAGGUUAAGUGACAGAUCGUCAGUAUUAAAUUUCUGUGUUUGUUCCUCUAAUGUCAUUUUGCGGGCAAACCAGUGGUGGCAUCGCGAAAUGUCAGCUGUUUUCUGAGGUCAGUUAGCUUAGGAAAUUGACUAAAAAUAGUAACUGAUCAUGAUUUAAUAAGUAUAUGCACCAUGCAUGGUGCUAGUGCAUAAGGCAAAAUUUGGACUUUUUUGUAGCAAAUCUAUUUCCUUCUUUCUUUCUUGCUGUUUUUUUCUCCUUUACCUUUAUAGUUAUCUUGACUAGCCAUUUUUGUUGCCUAGUGUAUUGUCUUUCUUUCACGUCAAGGUGUGUCUACUAAAAGUAAAGCUAUAAACUUUCUUUGAAAGAGACGAAUUUAAUUUGCAGAGUAAGCUAGCUAGGUGAAUACUAAAAUUGGCAGUGGAAUUAAUCCUUGCUAUUUUCACUGCUUAGGUGAUAUCUUAAACUGAAUGCCAAUUGAAAUUGUUCAAGGACUGAAAAUAUGUUCUAAUUAUUCAAAUAAUAGACUGCAAACUGAGCCCCUUUUCUGUCAUUUAGUGAGUCAUCAAGCAGGGCUGUCAUGAAGAGGCUGGGGCCAGGGAUUUCCCCUGGCUACCUAGAAGGUGGUCCCUGGUUACUUUUGUACAUAGAAAAAUAGAAGAAAAUUAGAACCAAAAGAAAUCCCUAGCUGUUUGAUUCACUGCCUACUUGUUGUAUUUACUCGGCAACUUUAAAUCUUAGUGACAGCGCUGCAUCAAGGUAGGACCAGAAAGAGCAAACAAGCCAUUACUCCUUCACUUCCUAGUUUGUCUCCCUCCAUUUGCCUCCUUAUAUUAAUAAAUCACUCACAUGCAGUGAUUUUGGUAUAAAUAACUUAAUGGUGAGUCCUGAGACUCAUCUUGUGAAAAAUCACGAGUCCCAGUCCAAAACCAUUGAGUCCCAGCAGUUAUAAAAAAAAACACAUUGAAAAUGCGUGGGCCUUGCAGACAAUUAAUCUGAAGACAGAGUCCAAAACUCUGUAUUAUAGUAUACUGAUUAAAAUAGUGAUGUCCUUCUAUUUUAAAGCACAAUGUACAAAAAGAAAUAUACAUCAUGAUUACUGCCACAGAAAUUAUGCGAACAGGAUUAAUUUCUAUAAAUACAGAUGUUAAGAUUGAUCAAUUAUUGAUCUUUGUGUCCUAUGGGACGCAUACCAUGAAUUAUUUUGUGUCUUUGGGGAUUUUUAUGCAUCGGGGAUGCAGGAUCCAGAGAUAACAAAAUCACAAAUUUCUGCCACAGAAAUUACAAAACAGAAUAUUUCUACAAAUAGAUGUUCAGAUUGAUCAAUUGAUCUUUGUGUCAUAUGCAUGUUAUGGAUUAUUUUGCGUCUUUGGGAACUUUUAUGCAUCAGGGACGCAGGAGACAGAUCGGUAACAAAAUCACUGCACAUGUAUUAAUUAAUUUUGUCUGCCGUGCAAGCAACAAUCCUAAGGGACUGCAAGCAGUACCAUCUGUUUCAUUAAGAGAAGAAGGCAGGAUUAAGGACUGAAAACUGCAUGUUAAGCUCAUUAUGGAUAAGCUGGCAUUUAGUUUUAGAUAGUUUAGGGUAUAGGCAUUUUGAUAGUGAAAUAAUAGAGUGAAACAAUAAGGAGCAAAAUAAUGUAAAAAUAUAUAUAUAUAUUUCCCUUAAUACAAUAGUAAAUUAUAUAUUAUUGUUAUUAACAAAGCAAAACAAUAUUUUGUCAACAGAAUUGCAGCAGUCAUAGUUUUUGAUCUAUCAAGGUAAGCAGUGCAUUGGUUACUGUUAGUUAUUGGGCCAUUCCACUUUUUAUCUGCACCCCUUCCAUAUUGAGUGGUCUUUUGAAUACCCCCUUGGAAGCAUUUUCCAAAAUGGCCACCCCAGAGGGUUUGGUGAAGAUACCCCCCCAAGAAAUGCUUUGUUUGUGCUUUGUUCGAAAAAAAAAAAAACCGUAAUAUUUGCACCCCGCCUCCCUGCCCCCCUCAGAAACCCUACGAAUUAAACUCUACGAGAAUAUACCUAUACACUUGGAUUUAACUCAGUCCCUUCGCUGCUGCCCUGAAUCCUCUUUACAUUUUUUUUUACAUGGUCCAAUGAUCCUAGAGUGCUGAUUUUACAUCCCCUACGCGACGGGGUGACACCAGGACGACCGCGUGAGGCAACAUGAAAACUUACUUCCGGUCGCGUCUUACAGCCGUCGCGUCUCGGAUCUUAAAAAAAUUGUCCGCGACGCGAGAGGGGCAUUUGGUUUGAUUUUAUUUAUCCCCCAAAUUUUAUUCUUUGCUUCCUCAGAUAUAAGUUGCAGCCGAUAAGAAUAAGAUUUACCCCCCCAAGAAAAAACCAGCCCUUCAAUAGAGGCAGAGCAGAAAAAAAAGGGAAUGGCCCAUUUAAAGUACAGAAUAAUAUUAACUAGUCAUAUUUAAGGCAUUCUUUAGGCUUGUGUGCAGCUUUAAUACAGUGUAAAUAAUCAUGCAAACUGCUUUUAAAUCGAUGGUUUUAACCUCAUUUUUACUUAAUAUCAAUUUAAUACAGACCAGCUACUUUUGAAGCAGUUCUCAAGGUAUGAUUCAAUAAAUUGUUUGAUUGGAUAUAAAUACAAAGUCGUGGCUCUAAUAUACAAGGGUCUAUUGCCUUAACAUAUCACAGCAUCUUGUGUAAUGUUGUAAAUCACUUUUGAAUGUACUGGGUAGAGGCUGUCAAAACAAAGAAGAAGGCAAUGGCAUCCAGAGUCCCAUUUGUUGUUGCCAAGUCUCUUUGCCCUGGCCUGAUGCCUGAGAUGAACUAGAUAGGUUUUUAUCUAGGACAUUGCAAAGUACAUGAAAAACAAAUUGCCCAAACAAUACUAUACCCAAACAGAAGAAGUUUUGGAAACUCUCAGGGUCUGCAGAUGCCUGUAGCUCAGAAAACAUAAAACCCAGCUGCAGCUGUUGGAGUUUUUGUUGUUGUUUCUUUUGCAUUCCAUGGUGUGCCUAGCAUUAUUAGCUGCUGUACGUGCAUGGUUUCACAGACAAAAUAUCUCAGCACCCAGUGAUUGGCAUUAUCACUUUUUUUACUUUUUUUAUGUUGACGUUGUUUUGUAAAAAUUCAGGAACUUGGUGCAUGAAUUUUGUAAAGCGCUCAGUAAUGAACCAGUAAAUAUCCACCGCACCUGUCAAGAAAAAAACAUCAUUUUUCCUUCCUUUUUUGCACAACCAAAAUUGGCUUUAUUUUGCCUAUGAUCAUUUUGUUAAUUCUAGGCUGCCUAAAAAAAGAGUUUAAAAACAUGAAAUUUGAAGUUCAACAAACACAUCAAAAUUAUGAGUGCUGGAAGACGGGAAUUGAAAUUAAUUUAUUCCUGAAUGACAAGCAUCUGUCUGCUAUGACCCACCCUAAAAAGAUAUUACUAUAUAAUUAGCUGCAGUUUUCAACUGACCUUCAAGAUUACUUUAUUAAUAUUCAGAAACUUUUCUUUUUAUUAUCAGUGGCAUUGGGAUGUAAAUCAAAAAGUAAUGCUGACCAAUGAGAAGCCAAUUCCUGUUCUCUUGCUAGCAAACAAAGUAUGUGUCUGAAUACCUGCUAUUCUAUUGUACAUUAUAAUUUCAGCAUUUACAGGGCAGGUCUAGAUUUUGAUUGGCAGUUGAGUCGAGAUAUGGUGUCUUAAGGCUAAUGUUAGGAGUCAGUAUACCAUUUCAUUACCUAUUUAUAUCAAGGGUGGCAAAUUAUGCUUUACAAUGAUAUGAUAAACACGUUGAUCAAAAACCAAUCAUUAUUAUUGGUUUUUGAUCAACGUGUUUAUCAUAUCAAUCGAAAACUUCCCACACUGAAAAGUUUAGAGAUUAAAUUUUGGCUUAAGUUUGAUAUUUUCAGAAUUUUUAAACAAAAUACCUUCUUGAUGUGCUCUUUCAAGUGUUUGGGUUUUCUGCAGCAUCUUUUCAAAUAAUGUCCUGACAUCUUCUUUCAUGAAUAACGUUUUAAAACCUUGGCUCCAAAACACACGGAACAUUGCUAAUGCUAUGGCAAUUAUAAAUUAACAAUGAAAUUUCACACCAAAAUCAAGGAGUCAUAUGUCACCCAUGAUAUAAGUAAUAAUUCUUUAAAUAAUUUCAUGCAAAAUUAUUUUGUAGUGUGACUUGGAAGAUUAUCCUUAUGAUGAGGAACAAUUAAAUCAGUUUUGCCAAGAACAUGGUUUUAUUGGUUGGUAUGUGACAAAAUUAAAAAUGUUAUUCAAUACAUUUUUGCCAUCCAACAUUACACUUAAAGAGAGUGGACAUAAGCAUUAUUCUUUGUAGCCCUCUUUUAGGGGUACAUUUUUUUGUGUGGAGAGUGUUUCUUUUCAUAUACACUAUUUUGUUACAACAAUGAGAUAAAGAAGGGGGACAGUGGAAGUGAGUCAAUUAAUUAUGAUAAUCAAUUCAAUAAUAACUUGUGGUAAUUAAUAAUAAAUUUUUACAUUUUUUUAGGUUACCAACGUCUGCAAAAGAAGACAGAAACAUUGGUAAGUGGAAUAUAUUGUUGAUAGAGAUGCUUACUAAUUAAAUCAAGUUUAAGUAAAACAAGAAUGUACUGGUGGGCACUUUAACCUAUGACAAGUGUGUGCUUCGGUGCUGAACUUGGUUGUAAGUAUAGUGUGUUCAAAAACUGACAGUUUGUUAAUUUCUGCUGGAAAAAAAAGUGCAGGUAUGCAAACACUUUGCAAAAAGGACCAUUGGUGAAGUAUUUAAAUGAUAUUUUAUUGCAGAUGAAGCAAUGCGGCUUCUUGUGCAAGCAAUUUUGAGUAUCUCUGGUGAAAGUAAAAAACCUGAGCUACAGGACUGUUUAGCAGUGAGAGGUAAAACUCCGAGAUCACAUCAAGACUGUGCUCAAGAAACAGACUCACGUUACAUGGUGGAAUAUUCACAACAGUACUUAACAGAUGAAACUUACUCACAUGCCCUGCCUCAAAGCAAAAAUUCCAGAUGUUGCCCUGGGUAACCCUAUUUUGAGGUUUAAUAGGGUUCUUCAUGUUUAUAGCAAUGUGGUGUGUAGAUGGCAUGCAACACACUACAAGAAAUGAUGAGGGCAAAUAGAAAGCUCACAUGUAAAUUUAGUACAAAAGACUAUAUGUUGCUAAUUACAGUAGAUGCUCAAAUACGUGUGCAGGAUGCUUAUGUAAAUUUCUGAUUUGAGAGGGACACUGUCAUGUGGAUUUUUCAAAGCAGCAACUCUAUGAAUAGCUGGCUCUUAAAAAACUGUAUUUUUGGAUAGUGAUACAUGAAUAAUUGAGUGAUAUCAAUAUUAUUAUUCAGUGAAUAUUGUUAUAUGCAUUAUUUUUAUUUACUAAAAGGUAAACAUGCAUGCAGUGAUAUUAGUUUACACAUGAGGGAUCGACAAGUAUUAUUAUCUAAUAAUUUAGUUAGAUGGCAUUAAAUUUGCUGGUAGCCAGGUGAUCCCAAGCACUGUGUAAUUAACUGAUCAUUUUUUGUCAGAAAUGAAAUUAUUCCAAGCACUGUCUAAUUAACUAAUCGUUUUUUAUCAGAAAUUAUCAAAAAAUUUUAUUUUAUUUAAAGAUAUAUUAUAAUGACAGGUACAUUUUUAAUAUAAUAAAACAUAUUAUCCACUCAAAAUUUUUAUGCAUAUAACCAAACAAAUAAAAAGAAAUGAUACUCUU